AUGGCCAACUAUCCUGAGCCACCAUCGCAUUUAUCCGAGUCGCAUGGAGCACGGGCCUUUGGAACAGGGUUGCAUCAUGAAGAGGCACGUUCCACAGAACCAGAAGACCAUCCAGUGGAAGAGAUAAAGCGACCUCGAGCCUGUGAACCCUGUCGCCAACUGAAAGUCCGGUGCGAUCCAAAUCCGUCGGACCCAGAUGGCGCUUGUAAACGGUGCGCUAAAGCACGGCGGCAAUGUAUCGUUACAGCACCGACACGCAAGCGCCAGAAGAAGACGGAUAGUCGGGUGACGGAGCUGGAGCGUAAGAUUGAUGCUUUGACUGCUACGCUCCAAGCGUCGCACCAAUCCCAGCUUGCAGUGGGUGCAGGCACAGGCGCACCGCAGAUCCAUUCGCAGCAGAACCGAGAGCAGUCUUCUAGGCUAUCGCGCGAGGACCAGAAUGUGGCAGGGAAAAAGCGACGUCAUGAUGGCUUUUUGGUCUCCCAGUAUCCCCGUCCUAAUAGUCCGUCUGCAGAACAAAUACCAAAACAGCCUGCUAAGCACUGGCGGGUUCCGUUGACUCGGGAAACACCGCCUGGGCCGAAACCUGAUCCUGGGAAUGAGUUUGUGGAUGUGAUCGACAGAGGCAUGCUUGAUAUCAAUACUGCCCAGGCUGCUUUCGAUCAUUAUGUCAUCGAGAUGGGAGACGAGAUGCCCUUUGUGGUGUUUCCCCCAGGCACGACAAUGGGCAAGGUACGCCGCGAGAAACCGACGCUUUUUCUGGCCAUUCUCGGUGUCGCAAUGGGAGCUAUCCUAAAAGACCUCCAAAUGCCCCUGAUUAAUGAAUCUUAUCGAUUGAUUGCGGAAGAAGUUGUCAUCAAGGGCCACAAGAGUCUUGAGAUCGUUCAAGCUCUGCUUGUUGUUUCGAUCUGGUAUAUGACACCCGACAACCUGGAGGAACUCAAAUUCUACCAAUUAAUCCAUAUGGCCGUUGUGGUGGGCAUGGAGCUAGGCUUGAAUCGGAGAUCCAAUGGCGAUUUGAAAAUCGUGCGUAUCCGAGAGAUUGUCAUUAAAAGAAAAACAGCACCCACUACCGACCUGGAAAACCCUGAAGCAAGACGAACAUGGGUGGGCUGCUACCUCCUAGCAAUACAGGCAGCAAUUGCUUUGAGGCGGAUCCAGAUUGUACGAUGGCAGCCGUACAUGGAUGAGUCUCUGCAGAUAUUGGAAAACCACCCUGAGGCUCUAGCGUCUGAUCGCAAAGUUAUCUGGUGGGCGAAAUUAGGAUGGAUUAUGGAACAAGCAGGCUUGCAACUUACCACGGAUGACACGCAGUCAAUUGUGUCGUUUGCAGACAGCAAAGUGCGGUACACUAUCAAGGCAUUUGCGAAUCAACUUGCCCAGUUCCGCAACGAUAUCCCAGAAGACAUCUGGACCCCGACAUUGGCCCACACGUAUCAUGCACUCGACCUUUUCGUGCACGAAAGCGCUAUGGGAGUUGACUGUAGGGAAAGUAUCUACCCCUGCUCUCCAGAUGAUGCCCUGCCUGGCACAACUAUGGCACCAGUUAUUGAAGCUCUUACAUCGUGCCUCAACUCUAUCCAUAGCUCAUUUGACACAAUCCUCGCUGUUGACGUGGAAAAAAUCAAAAAUCUGACGACAUUAGCAUUGGCUCGAACGGCAUACCCAGUCGUCAGUCUAAUCAAAAUUUACUCACUUAUCACGGCCCCCGGUUCACGGAUUGGCCAGGUGAUCGACACUCAGAGCCUCAAGGUGGAAUACUAUCUCAACCGGAUCAUCGCCCACUACCGGGCCGCAGCGGCCCUCGAUGGCGGCAGGGUGGCAGGUAAAUUCGGAAAUAUCAUCAUGAUGCUGCGAAAUUGGUUCCUCAAAAAAGAGAGAGAAUGGGAUAAGCAACCCGUACAUACCCCCAAACUCAAUCCCCUCAAACCAGUGCCUCGAUUAACAUGGAAGCAGAUGAGACAUGAUAACACCCCGUUGCACGUCCUCAGCGAUCUAGCCAUGGGCGACCAACGGUCCGGCAAUCACAGACAUCAAUCGAAUUCCAAUCAAGGAUCCAUAUACUCACCCUCGAAUCUAAAUCAGGACAUGGCCCGCAACGCCACGACCCCAGCGACGAGCUUUGGAGCAGUAGAAGCGUCCACAAACUGGUCACCAGCGCCCGUCACACCCCAAAUGUCCACAGUGUCCAACGACUCAGGCAUGGGAGAUAGAUCAUUCUAUCAAUCAUUCACGCCAAAUCAAUCACAACCAUACGGGAUGCCUGCGACGAUCCAAUAUCCCCAAAUGUCAGGUGUAGGGGAUAUGCCCAUUUCACAGCCGAUGGGAAUGUCUGAGUUGCCGGCAGAGGCAGCUUUUGAUCCGAGUCUGGCUAUACUGGGAAAUAUGAUGGAUGGAGGGCUGUUGUCGUUUCCGUUUGCCUUUGAUGGGAACUUCCAGCUUUAA